AUGGCCGACGACGAGCAUCCGACGUCUUCUUCUUCUGCAUCUUCUUCUCCCUUUGCUUCUUUUCCUCCUCGCUCCCCCACAACGCACCGCGAUAGCAGCAGUGUUAUCACCCAUAGCCUCGACCGUCAAUCACCAGCUACCACUCUCGCCAGCAGCAACGCCAGCGCCAGCACCAGCAGCGGCGGAAGCACCCGCACCGGCGGAGGUCACGAGAGGGGCUUUGUGAGGCCAUCUUCAUACUUGCGCCGCCGCACUCUGUCGCACCCAAUGGCUCCCACGCAGCCUGUCCGGCCAAUUGAUGUCGAGGAGCAGAAUGGAUUGCGUGCAAUCCGCAAUUUCCUCAAAGUCCGAACGAGCUACGAUGUUCUUCCGCUGAGUUUCCGUUUAAUCGUCUUCGACACAGCCUUGUCCGUCAAGGAAAGCUUGAACAUUCUUAUACAAAAUGGAAUUGUCUCCGCUCCUCUCUGGGAUUCGUCAACGUCGACCUUUGCUGGAUUGCUCACCACCUCCGACUACAUCAACGUCAUCCAGUACUAUUUUCAGAAUCCUGCGGCCCUGGAAAAGAUUGAUCAGUUCCGGCUCAAUAGUCUCCGAGGUACCAACACUCCGCUGGCCCCUUCCCAUUCGCAAAACACCCAUUCGACUGACCGUGACCUUCCUGAAGAGGUGGAAAAGGCCCUAGGCGUAGCUCCUCCGGAAACGAUAUCCAUUGAUCCUGAGCGCCCACUGUACGAAGCCUGUCGACGCAUGCUCUCUUCCCGCGCCCGUAGGAUUCCCCUGGUCUCCAAUGAUAGCCAAACGGACCGGGCCUUGGUUGUUAGUGUCCUGACACAGUAUCGCAUUUUGAAGUUUGUCGCCGUCAACGUGGGAGAAACACAGAACCUACGGAAGCCAUUAAAGGAGAUCCGUCUGGGGACGUACAACGAUAUUGUCACCGCAUCCAUGGAUACUCCUGUGAUCGAGGUCAUUCACAAGCUGGUCGAGCGCAGUAUAUCGAGUGUGCCCAUUUUGAAUUCCGAAGGGAUCGUGUAUAACGUGUUCGAGGCCGUUGAUGUGAUCACCUUGAUCAAAGGUGGCGUGUAUGAUAACCUCAAUCUCAGCGUGGGAGAAGCCUUGAAGAAACGUUCACCGGACUUCCCCGGAAUCUACACAUGCUCCGCCAAUGACGGGUUAGACACCAUCUUCGACACCAUUCGCAAAUCUCGAGUGCAUCGAUUGAUCGUGGUGGACGACCACUUUCGACUGAUUGGUGUGCUGACUUUGAGCGAUAUCCUGCAAUAUAUCCUACUCGAAGGCGAGCAUGACGAGUGGUGA